UGGGGGCGGGGCCUGGGAACAAGAUGGCAGCUGAGCGCCUGGAGCCCCGGAGUCCGAGUUCAACGGCCUCAGAGCCGCGCUCCCCAGAGCCGCCGGACCUGGUGCUGGUGCCUGAUGACAGCAGCCCCGCCACACCCCCGACCGACCUCAUUGAGAUCCAGGUGGUGAAGGUGACAGACACCACGCUGGUGCCCGAGCCCCCGGAGCCAGGUUCUUUUCAUUGUGCCUUGUGCCCGGCUGCCUUUCGGCUGGUCUCGGAGCUGCUGUUCCACGAACAUGGCCACCUGGCGGGGGCCGAGGGCGGUGGGCAGGGUGCGGACCCAAGCCGGUGCCACGUGUGUGGCCACAGCUGCCCGGGCCCCGCCAGCCUGCGCGCCCACUACAGCCUGCACACUGGAGAGCGCCCCUACCGCUGCCCCCUCUGCCCCCGGGCCUUCAAGGCUCUGGCGCCCCUGCUGCGGCACCAGCACCGGCACGGGGAGGAGCCAGGGGCCUCUCAGAGGCCCUCAGAGGUGGCGGCCGCGGUUCGGGGACAGGAGCCUGGGGUGCCCCCCGAGCGGUCAGAGGUGGUGAUGGCGGCAGCGGCAGCGGGCGCAGCUGUGGGGAAGCCCUUCGCCUGCAGGUUCUGCGCCAAGCCAUUCCGCCGCUCCUCGGACAUGCGUGACCACGAGCGAGUGCACACGGGCGAGCGGCCCUACCACUGCGGAGUCUGCGGCAAGGGCUUCACGCAGUCCUCGGUGCUGAGCGGUCAUGCCCGCAUCCACACCGGCGAGCGCCCCUUCCGCUGCGCGCUCUGCGACCGCACUUUCAACAACUCCUCCAACUUCCGCAAGCACCAGCGCACCCACUUCCAUGGCCCAGGGCCUGGGCUCAGGGACUCUGGGAGCCAGCAGGCGGCGGAGACAGAGGGGCCAGGGAGUGGGUGUGGGGCAGGAAACACUCGAGAAGAGGGGUGUGGGGACGCAGCAACUGUGAAGGGGGAGGUGGAUCAGUAGGCUGGUUAACAGGGGUGGUAAGCAGCAGGUUUCAGGGGAGGGGUUGGGUGGGACAAGGAGGCAGGUAACCGAAGAGGGAAGGCUGGGGGAGAGGUGACAUCAUGAGCAGCUAGUGGGAGAGCAGCCGGACAGCCAGGGUCAUGGCUCCCACAAACCCCCACACGGCAGCUCAGGGACUAGGAGAAAGGCACGGACACAGUCCAGUGGAUGUCCAGCUAAAUGGGAGGAACACGGUCUGGGUGUCCUUUCCCUGUCUGCCUGCCCUGGGUCAUCCUUGUGCAAGACACAGCUUGCAACAACAGAGCCCGUGGCCCACACAGGGCAGAUCCAGGGUACACCACAUUGUCCCUGGGCAGCUCUUUAUCUGCUGAACCCUGAAGUGUCUUGGGGCCUAGGGUGGACUGGGGUGACAUCUUCUGCCUACCUCACUGGGUUGCACUGAACUUGGGAGACCUAGCCGCCCACCCUCAGGUAGAAGACACCAGCCAGGCCCUCCACAGAGACUGGAGUCCUACCACCUCAAAGCCAUAGGUCCCCCAGCUCACAGCCCAGAGCACUUGGGUCUCCACCAUGUGAGCCUGACUGGCCGUAAGGAUUGUGACUGCAAGAGCUGCUACCCCUGCUCCCAUAGCGAUUCCUCCUUAACCCACCAGACCUGCCUCCUCUUUCCAAGGCAACUAAAAUCCAUACCAAAAAUAGCCACCUAACAUCCCGUCCUCAAGGUUUAGUCUCACAGCCCACACCCCACACCUACAAAAAUAGCCUCAGGUUUCUCUAAUCUCCACUCCCAACCUAAAGCAAGCAGUUUACUGCCUGGCCCCAGAUUGCCCCAAGGAAGGGUCGGUGGAUGGCCAGAUGUGGGGAGUGUACCUGGCGAGUGGGGGCGAGGGGAGGACUUGGGAGCUGGAGGUGGGAAGCCUUCAGCUCCGUUCCUAUUAAAGGACUUUCUGAAGGGUGUCUCUA